GAGGGGGAGACGGUCCCAAGAUGGCGGCGCUGCAGGCGGAGCGCGGGUACGGGCUGUCCUGCGGCCGCCUCGGCCGCGGCACCCGCGUCUCCGUCUUCCACGUCAAGCUCACGGAGAGCGCGCUGCGCGCCUUCGAGAGCUACCAGGCCUGCAAGGAUGCUGUGACAUCAAAACCAGUAAUCCAGUUUCAAGGAAGCCAAGGGCACAUCACAAUUCCAAGGCCUGAUCACCCUGCAGAAGUGCGGACUUUCACGUUUUAUCUUUCAAAUAUUGGCAAGGACAGCCCUCAAGGGAGUUUUGACUGCAUCCAGCAGUAUGUGUCUAGCAAUGGCAAUAUCCAUCUGGAUUGUCUUGGAAGCAUACAGGAUAAAAUCACUGUGUGUGCUACUGAUGAUUCCUACCAGAAGGCAAGGCAAAGCAUGGCACAAGCAGAGGAGGAGACUCGCAGCCGGAGUGCUAUAGUUAUUAAACCUGGGGGGAGAUAUGUAGGCAAAAAGGUUCAGGUGCGUAAACCUGCACCAGGAGCUUCCGAUGCUGUUCCCUCCAGGAAGCGCCCAACGCCAGUCAACCUUGCCAGUGCAAUAAAGAGAGGCAAUAGUGCGAUUUCUCAGAGACCCUUCAAAGAUAGGGUUGUGCACUUACUGGCACUAAAGCCUUAUAAGAAACCUGAACUUAUUCUCAGAUUGCAGAAGGAUGGACUUUCUCAGCAGGACAAGGAUUUGCUGGACAACCUUCUGCAACAGGUGGCAAAUUUGAGUGCCAAGGACAGCACUUUCACGCUGAAAGAUUGUGUAUACAAAGAAGUGCAGAAGGAUUGGCCUGGCUACUCUGAAGGAGAUCAGCAAUUGCUAAAGAGGAUACUUGUUCGGAAACUCUGUCAGCCACAGAACAGUAGCAGUUUUCAAGGAGAAGCACCUUCCUUGAGUCCGCCAAAAGACAGCGUGAACUCCAGCUCUCCUCCUCAGAAACGAUCCCAGCCUCUGGAGUUUAUUGAUCCGCUAGCCAACAAAAAGCCUAGGAUCUCGCAUUUGGCCCAUAGAACUCAGCCCACUUUCAAUGGGAAACUGAACUCCUCAAAUGGGAAGGACGCUGCUGCCCCGACUGCGCAGCCGGCGCUCGCGGAGUCCGUGAGCUCCAGCUCCAGCCUCCCAGUCUUGGAGCUUCCGAGGCCUCACGACCCCCUUUCGGAUGUCAGCAACGACCUAACUCACAACGGCAGAGACUGUGAGAACCCGGACUCGGCUGACAGACUGACUCAUCCUUUGUCAACAGACUGUCCCCAAACGAGCAAACACAAUUGCAGCUCGUAUGUAAAAACCAAGAAAAAAUCCAAAAAGCACAAAGACAAAGAAAAAGAGAGAAAGGAGAAGAAAAGUGAAGAGAAAUGUAAAGAGGAGAAGCAGGACUGUGAAGUAAUAAAAAAUGCUGACUUAAUUAGUGUUCCCCAGGAUGUCACAGGUUUAAAUGGAACAUGCAAUAACUCUAGUGUACCAACGUCGACUUCAGAAAUGCCAGAUUAUUUAUUAAAAUAUGCAGCCAUUUCCUCUUUGGAGCAGCGUCAGAGUUACAAAAAUGACUUCAACGCAGAAUACAAUGAGUACAGAGACUUGCACGCUCGGAUAGAGAGGAUAACUGGACGCUUUACGCAGUUAGACUCCCAGCUGAAACAACUUUUGCAGGGCUCUGAAGAAUAUAAGACAAUCCAUGAUCAAAUUUUACAGGAAUAUCGGAAAAUUAAAAAGACUAACCCCAAUUACAGCCAAGAGAAGAACCGCUGUGAAUACCUCCACAACAAACUGGCUCAUAUUAAAAAACUGAUAGCAGAGUAUGACCAACAGCAGUUUUAGCUGGCACUAAUCUGGACUGGGUAGGGCAAAAAGUCAUCUGGACAUUACGUUCCCUUUUAUACAACUAGAUUCCUUUCAGAGACGAGCAUUAAUUCCUCGUGGUUGGAAGAACUUGGAGAUUACUUAUGAUGCCGAAUCGGUCGUGUCAGCGUCUAAGCCAGGUAGCAGCUCAGCGCCUGGCAUGAUCCUCUCAAGUUUUAGCCUCUCUGAAUGUCGGAAUGUAACAAAUGAAAAUCUGCUUAUUUGAAGCCAGCGUUUGACACUUAAGGGAAAACUUACCUAAAGUGAAUGAAGCUCCCAAAGGUUAAGAAUCAGUAGUUUUCAUGGAUUAAAGUUUGGCAUGAAGUGUAAUUACCCCUGGCCCAGGUCCACUGGGUUGCAAAUUGUCCUUCAAAUGGUGAGGAACUGGAAUGCUGCUAGGUUACCUCCUUCUCUGGCACCUGCGACUGUUCAUAUGCAAGCUGUCUGCUCUACAUGGCACCGCGUUAAAUACACCAAGUACCCAGAGCUCUCGUUGUUUGUUCCUGCUUUUGUCAUCUCCAGUUUGUGCUCUCUUGAGGUGGUUGUGUCAGUAGGAGGGGAACAGCCCGGGAAUCUGUGCUGGGCGCUUUGCGCAGUGCAGAUGUGGAUCCUUCACGUAAGAAUUUUUUUAUCCAGUUUGUGCGUUUGGAACCAGCGGGCGUAAACGCUGCAAUGGCCUCUUCAGCAUGCGCAGUCCAGUCUACUUGCAUUAUCCUUCAUGUACCAAUGCUGGGAAGACUGAGACCUGUCUGUCUUUGACUUUUAUAAUUUUAUACCAAGGCAGCCAAUUUUAUUAAUUGCUAAUGAGACUAUGGUCUAUUUUUGUAUAAAAAAAAAAAAAAAAAGCAUCUUUUUCUAAAA